GAAAGUGCUAUCCAAGCCUGCAGUGUGAGUAUCAUUAAUCAAAGCACAAACAGGCUAGUAGAUGGCAUUGGAGGCCUUGGAAGAACUCCCUCGUUCUUACCCUCAUCCUCCUCCUUCUCCUCCUUCUACUGCUCCUCUUGCAACACCUGCAUGGAAGUACGAAGUCUUUCUCAGCUUUAGUGGCAAAGACACCCGCGAUAAAUUCACAGACCAUCUUCUUGCUGGUCUAUUAGGGAGACAGAUCAAGGCAUACAGGGAUGACAAAAACCUGCAACGAGGAAGUCUCAUUACAAAAUCACUUCUACGAGCAAUCGAAAAAUCCAGGAUUUCUAUCAUUGUCUUCUCCAAGAAUUAUGCUGCUUCAAAAUGGUGCUUGGAUGAGCUUGUAAAGAUUGUUAAAUGUAACCAGCUCUUUGGGAGCAUUAUUCUCCCUGUUUUCUACGAUGUAAGCCCUGACCAUGUUGCUAAGCAAACAGGUCCUUACAGGAAAAUCUUUCGCGAGUAUGAAGACAAGUACAAGAACAAUAAGCAGAGGGUUGAAAAGUGGAAGGCUGCUCUUAAAACAGUAGCAGAAAUAAGCGGAUGGGACAUGCCAAAUUACAGAUCUGAAGCAAAGUUAAUUAGAAUAAUUGCAAAUAAGGUAUUGCGUAAACUGAAUAAGGCAUCCCCAAGUGUUGACAAGCAGCUAGUCCAAUUGAAUUCUAAAGUGAAGGAACUGAAUCUUCAGUUAUGUGAAGAGUGGGAGAAAGGCAAUAUAAAAUUUUGUGGGUUGAAAUGGAGUAGAAGGAUAUGGCCGGAUAGUGCUAUGGAAACCAAUCUGAAAAAGAAAAGGUUGCAAAACAAACAAGUAGAUGUAAUUGUUAAUGAAGUGGAGAAACUAGAACAACUAGUAUAUUUUGCUAGAGAGCAAGACUGGUUUGGCCCUGGAAGUAGAGUCAUCAUAUCAUUUGGCGAUCCGAUUGAAAAUAACAUGAAAGUACUUCAUAUAAAUUUUCAGGGUCCGACCAACAGAGAUAAGAAAAUAUUCCUAGAUAUUGUAUGUUUUUUCGAGGGGAUGAACAAUAUUGAAAAUGCAAUGAGAACUUGGAAUAAAUUACUAUUGGGUAGUGGUCUCCUAGUAAACGUCGGGAUGAAGGUUCACAUCGAUGAAUUUACAAUUUCUGAUGAUGACAAUCUAUUGCUACAUGAGCAUAGAACACUCAACAUUUUGGAAAUAGAUUAUGAAGUGUCCCCUGAAAAGACCAAGCCCAGCAAAGCCGCAAACAAGAUGGAUGGUACUACACCGAAAGAAGAUUUUCCCCAACAGGAAAUAGAGAAGGUUCCUCCAUCUCUCAUGGAAAAGCAAGAAGAAUUAAAGCCAAACGGGUUUUUUAAGAUUCCAAAAGUUGAACUUUUUCAUGAAGAAGAUGUUCACAAUGAAGCAACAAUGGCGAAACCAGCUGUUGCUGAAAUGGAGCUUCCUGCACACGCUGAAGAAGAUAAAGAAGAAGCCACACCUCUGUCCAAUGGCCCAAAAGCCCCAACGGUACCGUCUGGAAAUGAAAUUUCAGGAUACAGACCUAGCCCUGAAUCUUUGCAGCAGCAGAAACAAACAUUAGGAGAAUACUUAAAUAUGUCAUUAGAAGCUAUCCAUAAAGCUGAAGCGUUUAACGACAUUGAAAAAAUUGUCAGCACCUUGACUCAUCAUUCUGCUAAUUUAUACGAGAAAGCAAGCCUGGUAAAGCUUAUGCAUCGUUUAGCAGAAUUCAAAGGGAGUGUUCCUGGCUCUAUGGCCAUUGCAAAGAGUACCCAAGCUCAAAGAACAUCUCUUUUCAAGAAGUCUAGAAAGCUGAACAACAGUCUAGCUCAACAACAAGAAAAGCUCCGUUCUACAGAGGCUGAGCUUUCCAAGAUAUCUAAAGAAGAGGAAGAACUAGAGAUCAAAAUUCAGAACUUGAUUUCCAGGAAAGAAAAGCUGCUAGAGCAUAAGAAGUUCACUGCACUUCAAUUGGAAAACAUCAAUAAAAUGGAAUCCAAUAAUCUAGCAGAACAGAAGGUGCUGGAGGGGGAAAUCAAGCAAGCAAAUGAAAACUGGUAUAAGGCAAAAGAAAAGCUAGCGUUGGCCAAUGCAAUCUGGAAAUUGUUCAACGAAUGCAUCGAGUUAUAAGUUGAACAAGUAUCUUCACUUGAGCAAAUAUGGUUUCCUUUUAGUUUUAGUCUGCUUCUUUUCAUUGGGUUGCUGUACUAAGUAAUAAUUAAGUACCUAUUGCACAAAAAAAAAAAAAAAAAAAAGAA